AGUAGAUUUUGUAUCCCUUUGCAUUCAUUUCUGUCUGUCUGUGCAUGUGAACGGAGGGAGUCCCUGUAUUGUUUUGCCUGUAGCUUGUGUAAUACUGCACAACAGUCCUGACAGGGCUUGCCUUUAGGUCAAAGGUUACUGAAGUUGUUUGAAAGCUGAGCAGAGCUGAACUGCCAAGAAAGAUGGAGCAUGCCUCUUUCUCGCCAGUGUCCCGUGUUGCCAUUUGUGGUGGCACCCAUGGAAAUGAGAUGACAGGCAUGUACGUGGUGAGAGAAAUGCAGAGACAGAAGGCGGAUCAGACUGGAUCUGUUUCUAUAACCACCGUAAUAUCAAAUCCACUGGCUGUGGAUGCUUGCAGAAGAUAUACAGAAACAGAUCUCAAUCGCUGUUUCACAAAAGCCUUGCUGAGUUCCCCCAUAACAGAUUCAACACCCUACGAGGUGAGGCGCGCCCAGGAGAUUGACGUUCUGCUUGGUCCCAAAGGAAGCCAGCAGGCUGUGGAUCUGCUUUGCGACCUGCACAACACCACUGCCAACAUGGGCAUGUGCCUCAUCUUUUACUCCUUGGACUGGCUCACACUGCACAUUUACAAAUACAUUGAGAGCAAAAUGACCUCUGCGCCUGUGAGAGCAAUCUUACUGAAUAUAUCCAAAUCUGAGGCUUAUUCCUUGGAGUCAGUUGGCAAACAUGGCUUCGCGAUUGAAGUCGGUCCUCAACCCAACGGUGUAGUCAGAGCUGAUAUCUUUAACAUGGCGAAAGAGGCAGUGGAUCGCACAAUAGAAUGGCUUCAUGAAUUCAAUUCUGGAAGUACUUUUGAAGAAGGUGAAGUGGAAGCAUACACUGUAGUGAAGAGUGUAGACUACCCAAGGGAUCCAACAACCAGUGAGAUUACGGCUGCCAUUCACCCAGAGCUGCAGGAUAAUGAUUUCAAGCUUCUGCAACAAGGCGACCCCAUUUUCCUGUCUUUUUCUGGGGAGACAGUGAAGUACGAAGGAGAGGACCUCUACCCUCUCUUCAUAAAUGAAUGUGCUUAUUAUGAGAAGAAGAUUGCGUUCCAUUUGGCCAAGAAGAUCACACAGACCCUCCCGUCUAUAAGUGUGAAGAAGGACUGAGAAUACAGAGACAGAUGAAACCUAGACUGAAUCUACAUACUUGAAAUUUGAAUUACAGGAAUGUAUAAACUAUAUGUGUAAUCAUGUUUUCAAUGCAGUGAUUGUAUAUUCUACAGAUGCUGGACAUGAUAACAUGAUUAGCUCCAUAUCCUGUAUCGCUGCUAUAUAAUAAAGGAGCAGCUCUGCAAUAGUGCAAUCUCUGGGAGGCAAAAAAGGGUAUUUUUGUGUUAAAUCAGUAUAAUUUGUACUUAAAUGACAUUUAUAAAUGCUAGAGUUAUAAUCCUUCACCCUCUGUAUAAUAACUAGACUAGAACAUGGAAAUUGUAUAAACUGCGGCAAUUAUGCAAA